AUGAAGAGAGACAAUAAAAGGUCGCUGCUGGAGGAGGGCAGUAUCAUGGCGAGCCUUAACCACGAGCGUGUGGUCAAGUUGCUCGGUGUCAUUAUGGAGGAUGGAGACUGCUCUCUAGUUAUGGAACUCCUCCCCAGAGGAAACUUGUUGGUCAUGCUGGAAACGGUCAGUGUUCCAGUGUCCGUCAAAGGAAGGAUCAUCUUAGAGAUUUUGGAGGGGAUGGUGUACCUCACAGAGAGACAGGUCAUCCACAAGGACAUCAAGCCGGAAAACAUUUUAGUAGAUAAGGAUUUUCACAUCAAGAUUGCUGAUCUCGGCCUGGCCACCUGCCAGACUUGGAGCAAGCUCACAAAGCAGGAGUCUCGCAGGAGGAGUCAUACGGGUCCGUCAGCUGGGCUGAGAGGAGCUGGCACGCUAUGCUACAUGGCGCCGGAGCACCUGAGAAGUAUCCAUACACCCUCCACGGAGAAAUCUGACGUGUACAGCUUUGCCAUCGUGGUUUGGGUCAUUCUCACGGGGCAAGAACCAUAUGCGAAUGCCAGGAGUGAAGAGCACGUGAGCCAGUGUGUUUGCAAAGGUGAUCGACCAGCAGAGCACCUCAUUCCAGAGGACACGCCUGCAGAGAUUAUUCAGCUUAUGAAGAGAUGCUGGGAUCCCGAUCCUCAACAAAGACCAAUAUUUAAAGAGGCCUACAACUCUUUUCUUCCUUUCUACAUGGAAACACUUGAACAACAUGUAGAGGAAGACAUAUGCAAGCUAAAGCUACAAUAUGAAGGCCCAGAUGAACUUAUUGAAAAGAUGAAAUCAUUAUCAAUGACCUGUGAAUGUAGUUUGAUGAGUGAACAUGAUCGUCCAGCUCCUUUGGUGAGUUCAGAAAAAGCUGUAUCUAUGCCAGUUGAAGCCAGUAUUGAGGACCUGCAUGACAUCCAAUAUGAACCAUGUGAAGAUUCUCUUCAGACAGAUGCAAAAGUUUUGAGCAGCCCUUCAGAGCUGGAGGAGAAACUGGACCGGGAGCUUCAGUACCACAAACACGGCAGCUAUUUUUGUGGCGCCCAGCCCGAAGCUGCCAACUGCUUUCAUAAAAAUACCUCAAAUCUUCUCUUUCCAAACUGUUGCAGUGUCACAGAUAACACUGUGAGGCAGCCAGUCCAGGAAAUGUCAUUUGUCCAUUCCGGGACAAAAGGAGAACCAGUUCAGAUCAUCAGCCAGGAGGAUGCAUGGCAUCGCCCCACCUCAGGACUUUAUGAGUCCAUGGCUUCCUCCUUGCCUAACCAGCCUCAUUUGCCCAUAUCUGCCACCACCUCUUCUCCUUCUCAUUUUAAUCAGCAUCAUCCACACACACACUAUGACCGACAGCGGUCUUGGCCCAUGUGCCCUGUGUCUGACACCGCUGCCCCUGACAUAACCCCUGGGCGUCUUUUGACCUCUACAACCUGUGGUUCCCUGCAAGAUUCAGGAUCUCUCUUCAUUCAGAAUGCCAGCGGGAUCCAGAUUGGAAGCAACAAUACGAUGAGUAUCAGAGGUUGCGAGGCUUCUGCAAAAUCAUCAUCUCCAUUUACUAACACCUCCCAAAUACAAGAAGGCAUUAUUAAAUUUGGUCAGCUUUUGAGGAGGAGUCCAGAACGACGUCUCGGAGCAGGAGAGAAGGAUGCAGAGGAAGUAAAGAAACAUCCUUUCUUCAAGUACAUGGAGUGGGAUGAUCUGUUGGCCAAGAAGGUGAAGCCGCCAUUUGUGCCCACCAUCCAGGGCGCCAACGACGUCAGCAACUUUGACGACGAAUUUACCUCAGAGGCUCCAAUUUUAACCCCCCCGAGGGAACCCCGAAUGCUGAACUCAGAGGAGCAGAACCAGUUUUCUGACUUUGAUUACAUUGCUGACUGGUGGAAUGCUGCUGCCACCCGCCAUAGAAAGACGAAGGCAGACGACGUCUGCAUGUUCAUGUCCGUCUGUUAG